AUGGAUUGGAUCAGCAAGGCCCGGUUCUUGCAACCACCUAUCGAUCAGGCCGAAAUGGUUGACCAGAUCACUUCCCACUUCACCUUUAAUAUUUCCAUUGUCCUCAGAGGUCUCCGCAUCACCACCACCAAUGAACUCGUUCAACAACUCUCCCACAUUCAGCAAGCUCACUCCCCUACAAACGCCCAAAAUAGUCAAAAUGCCCCCUCUUAUCAAAAUCAAAAUAAUCAAAAUGCACCCUCUUAUCAAAAUCAAAAUCAAAACCGAAAUUCAUUUAACAAUUCUUCUGGCCCCAAUCAACAAAAUAGAUAUCCCCCUCGUCAAAAUAACUAUCAACGCCCCCAAUAUAAUUCUCGUAAUCAAUCCGCCCCAACUCCCCCUACCACUACCCCUCCACCGGUAAAACUAGGUCUGACCAUGCCGCGAGGAUGUGCACUGUGUCCCCCUCUAAUAUCAAUCCUCAUAAUUUGUUAA